AUGGCUUACACAGAAGCACACAUUCCUGACAACUCCUUCCUCGGUUUUGCCGUUCCGCGGAAAUCUCAAGACAACCCUAUUCGUCUUAGGAAACCUAACGAUCGAAUGGUAGCACUAGUUUAUGGAAAGGAUCCAGAGUUUUGGAGGGAUCAUGCUGAUUAUAUCGACACAAUGAAAAAACACUUCAGACAAGUUCACGCUACUUUGGGUGGAACGAGCGGUGAGCCUCAUGUACCUUACGAAUUUACUCAUGUUGGUAUGUUGGAAAGAGUGAAUGCAUAUGUUGAAAAUCAGAAUUUUUCACCAUUCUUUGGUUCUGGAUUUGAUUUGCAAAUGAUAAUCGUCUAUGUAGCGUUAAAUGCAGAUGCAGAUAAAACUAUUGGCGUAGUUGUGAGUAAUAGACCAAAGUCGACCGCGAGGUUUCUCCAUGAGAGACUUAUUCGCACAAUUAGUGACAAAGUGCUAACUAUUCCCAGUGAUGAAGGGGAGAAGUGUCACGUACCAGAUGAUCCUUUGUUCCCUUUAUGCCAUUGGAAAAUUGAGGAAUUUAACAAAACAUGGGACCAGAAAUGUCAUGGGGAAAAGUAUAAGGUGGAUCCUAGCAGUCUGUGCUCUGUUAUUCAGUAUCUAAGUGAGGUUCAAGCUUGGUGUCCCGUGUUACCAUGGCGACUGGACGAAAACCCAUACAGUGUUGAAAGAGAAUGGCAAAAGGCCACUAUACAAACAAAUCUAUCAGCACUGCUUGAAAAGUUUGAAAGACCCAAAUAUUCUUGGAUGAGGAAGAGAAUCCAGGAAAUUUUUCCGCAUUGGAUAAAGGCUGUCGAAGAACUAGGAUCGAGGGUGAACUUACAUGGCCGAAGAAGAAAAAAAAUCUUGGUUUACAUGGCAGCAAUAGAGGUGAACAAGUUUCUGGACAGGGCCUUCAAGGGAGGCCCUUUAGGGGAACUGGUUCAGUGGUCUGACCUUAUAAGUGCCUUGUAUAUUUUAGGCCACAAGCUAGAAAUCGGUCUUAUGAAAGAAGAAGUUCAAAGCCUCCUGGUUGCUCCGGCUUUAGAUGGUUGUGCGCGCCAAAAACUGCAGAAUGAAUCUGAUCUCAUUUUCACUGACAUUUUGGGAGUGAAUGCCAUAGCUGGACACACUGGACCAGAUUAUUCGCGAUACAAGUGCAAAUUACGUGUCUUAGAUUCGUUUGGAACAGACGCAGAAUUUAACUAUAAACGUUACAAGUGGGAAAUUCCUGGAGGGAGAUCUGGGUGGGGAGAUCUGGACCUUCACCUCGCACAGUUUAUGACUAUGUUCCCACAUAGUCCUGACAAUUCCUUCCUGGGUUUUGCUGUUCCGUCAAAAGCUCAAGAAAAUAACAUUAGUCGAAAUAAGCCAAAUAAUCGAGCCUUAGUAUAUGGAAAGGUUCCAGCGUUUUGGAAGGGUCGUGCUAACUACAUUGACACAGUGAAAAAAUACCUCAACGAGGUUCACGCUACGUUGGGUGGAACGAAGGAAACACAGCGACAGCAUGAUGUGCCUAAAUAUGUCAUUAACCAUGGGAUAAUCAAUAUCACAUCACUUAUGAAUCUUUUGCAAUCUAGUAAGGUAUUUGUAGGUCUUGGUGAACCGUUCGAAGGACCAGCAGCCCUUGAGGCCUUGGCUAAUGGUUGUUUUUUCAUUAAUCCCAAGUAUAUUCCGCCCUUGGACCGUAUCGCAGGCUUUUUUGGUGGCAAACCGAUGGAUAGAAAGAUUACGUCUCAAAAUCCUUACGCCGAGGUCUUCGUUGGGAAACCUUUCGUACAAACUGUUGACAUAAAAAACUUGACUGAGGUUGAAGAAGCUCUCCGAGACAUUAGAAACGCCAAGGGUGUGCCUCACUUACCUUACGAAUUUACUCAUGUUGGUAUGUUGGAGAGAGUAAAUGCUUAUGUGGAAAAACAGGAUUUUUGCAAGCCUACCAAUUGGCCGCCUUUGAGUGAAUUAAAAAUUUUUGUGGGAGGGAAGGGUCAGUCGUGCAUCGCGAUCUGCCUUAGAAAACAGCUGAUCUGUGAGCCGAAGUUCUUCCUCUCUUUAAACGUGGAGGAAGUUCUUGAAAGUUCUGGAUUUGAUUGUAAAUCAACCUUUCACCGAGAGAGCAUCUUGGCACCGUCAAUAAACACAACAGACAGCAGCUGUGUACUUCAGACUCAGCCAUUGUUAUUCAGCUGCCGAGCAGCCAGGCCUGGUGUUGUCCGUGUCUGCCCUUGCCGCUCAUAUCGCAAAGAACAAGUCGCUUUAUGCGAAACGUGCUGA